ACAAAAAAUACUCCUAAAAUAUUGCCACUCUGUUGUUUAGCUUUCUUGUUUUUUUCUCUUUCGAUCAUCAUCAACAAGCACUAAUUCUUCUUAGACGGCCAUAAACAAUUUUCCCAACUCUUUCUUUCACUAAUUUUUGGAAAACAUGAAUGAUCUUCUAGCGGAUUCAAGUUUUAUUGCUGGCAAAGAUAAUGCUUCCAAAGAAUCUGAUAUCGAGAUGGGAAACCGAUUUACGAGGAGCCAGUCAGAUUCUGGAAUCGACAACUUUAACAAGCAGAUACAAGAAAUCGAGAAACAGGUUGAUAAACUUUCUGGUUUCCUGAAGACCCUUAAGGAUGCUAAUGAGGAAACAAAGUCUGUAACUAAAGCAUCAGCAAUGAAAGCUAUAAGGAAGCGGAUGGAGAAAGAUAUAGAUGAAGUUGGGAAGAUUGCAAGAAAUGUCAAAGCAAAAAUAGAAGCAACUAAUAAAGAGAACUUGGCUAAUCGACAAAAGCCUGGAUAUGGAAAGGGCACAAGUGUUGACAGAUCCAGGACAAAUAUGACCAAUGCCUUGACAAAGAAGUUCAGAGAUGUUAUGACGGAAUUUCAGACAUUAAGACAGAGGAUAGACAACGAAUAUCGCGAGGUUGUAGAGCGAAGGGUGAUCACAGUAACUGGAACUAGACCAGAUGAGGAGACAAUCAACAACUUGAUCGAAACUGGAAACAGUGAACAAAUCUUCCAGAACGCUAUCCAAGGAAUGGGACGUGGACAGGUCUUAAGCACCGUAGAGGAAAUUCAGGAAAGACACGAUGCAGUGAAGGAAAUUGAGAGAAAGCUUCUUGAUCUGCAUCAGAUAUAUCUUGAUAUGGCUGUUCUGGUUGAAGCUCAAGGAGACUUGUUAGAUAAUAUCGAAACACAGGUGAGAUAUGCAGUGGAUCAUGUUAAUAUGGGUACAGAUGCACUUCAAACUGCAAAGAGCUUGCAGAAAAAAUCAAGAAAAUGUAUGAUGAUCGCCAUAAUUCUGCUUCUAAUUAUCGCAGCGAUUAUCGUUCUCUCUGUGAUUAAACCGUGGAAGAAGUAAUCAGUUACUCAGAAUACACAUUACUUGCUGUUAAUCCUUCAAAUAUUCUUCUAUGUAUCUUUGUUUUUCUUGUGAAGUUGUAUCUUCCUCUGUAUCUUAAUAAUGUAAUUAGUUGCCAGUAUUAUUAUAUUGAAUAAUAAAUUUUGGAAAAGCAUCAAAUAAAUCCAUUAAUAAGCAACUG